GUGUUCACGGCUUGGUGUAGGUCCUGAUUGCUCGGCCAUUUCUCUAUUUCGACGACGUUACGCUAGGAACAAGAUAAUCCGUCGCUAGAGUUUCCGCGUGCUUCGUAUAUUCCAUGUCUUGCGGUCGUUUCGCACACCGUGCCGCCUCCGUCGCUUCCUGCCCGCAUCGUCUGAUCCCGGGCGUCGUCUGCUGCUCCCCGACUGCAGUCGCGCGCUGAUUAGCGGCCGGUCCAUCUUAUCGCGAGGGCGCGAGCCUCCGGCGUCCUCCCUUGUUGUCGACACCGCCGCGUCCAGCCGUCGAGCGAAAGACGCCGACGACCUCUCCGCCGCGAAGUCCUUUGCCCCGUGACCGCGGCUACUGGUCGAAGAUGCAGCGGUUACCACGGAUUUCGGCGUCGUGCGCGCUGAGCCUGCUGGCCCGACGACUCGGCGAGACGAACCGCCGUCUGCUGCAGCGGGCCAAGUCGUCGACACCGGCGCUGGAUCGCCUACUGACAAGUCACGACGACUUCUGCAGUCGGCACCUGGGACCCAGGACCAAGGACCAGAAGGCCAUGCUGGACUACCUGGGACUCAAGAACAUCGGAGAGCUGGUCGACAAGACGGUGCCUUCCGGCAUCCGACUUAACAGGGACAUGAAAAUGGAUCCACCACUAAGCGAGGAGGAACUCUUGGAAAGGGCACGCGAGCUGGCCUCCGAGAAUGCCCUGUGGCGUUCGUACAUCGGCAUGGGCUACUACGGUUGCCUGCCGCCGGCCACCAUCGUGCGCAACGUGUUCGAGAACCCCGGCUGGACGACGCAGUACACCCCGUACCAGGCCGAGAUCGCGCAGGGUCGCCUCGAGAACCUGCUCAACUACCAGACCAUGGUGGCCGACCUCACCGGCCUGGACCUGGCCAACGCCUCGCUGCUCGACGAAGGCACCGCCGCUGCCGAAGCCAUGGGAGUGUGCACCAGGUUCACGAAGAAGAAGACCAUGCUCGUCUCGGACAAGGUGCACCCUCAGACCCUCGCUGUGGUUCAGACACGUGCCGACGCCCUGGAUAUCAACGUGGUCGUGUCCGACUGCGCGAGCAUGGAUUUUUCCCGGGGCGACGUGUGCGGUGUCCUGUACCAGUACCCGGACACCGAAGGGUCCGUCGAGAACUUCGACGCCCUAAUCAAGGCCUGCCACGAAGCCAAGGCGCUGGUGGUGUGCGCCACGGACCUUCUGGCGCUGACGGUGAUGCGUCCUCCCGGAGAACUGGGCGCCGACAUUGCCAUCGGCACCAGCCAGCGCCUCGGGGUUCCCCUCAACUACGGAGGUCCGCACGCCGGGUUCUUUGCGGUGCGCAGCUCACUUACCAGGCUCAUGCCCGGCAGGGUCGUCGGCGUCACCAGGGACGCGACGGGUGGCCGCGCUUACCGACUGGCCUUGCAGACUCGUGAGCAGCACAUCCGCCGCGACAAGGCGACCAGCAACAUCUGCACGGCGCAGGCGCUGCUCGCCAACAUGUCCGCCCUGUACGCCAUCUACCACGGACCGCAGGGACUGCGGGACAUCGCCACCAGGGUGCACAACGCCACGCUGCUCCUCGCCAGAGGAGCGGCCACUGCCGGUCAUCACGUGACCCACCCGAGGUUCUUCGACACCCUGAAGAUUAAGCCGGCCAACUCCCAGGAGGACAUCAAAAAACGAGCGACCGAGAAGGAAGUCAACUUCCGGUACUUCGCUGAUGGCACGGUUGGCGUUUCGUUGGACGAGACCGUGACAGAGCAGGAUCUGGACGACCUGCUCUGGAUCUUCGAUAGUAAAAAGACGGCGGCUCAACUGGCCAGCGAUAUGCCCGAACAGCCGCCGGACAGCUUGCUGCACAGCGAGCACAAGAGGACCACCGAGUUCCUCACGCACCCGGUCUUCAACACGUACCACUCCGAGACGCAGAUCGUUAGGUUUAUGAAGCAACUUGAGAAUAAGGACAUCUCGCUCGUCCACUCCAUGAUACCUCUGGGAUCUUGUACCAUGAAGCUCAACAGUACGGUAGAAAUGAUGCCGUGCUCGAUGCCGGGCUUCGCCAAUAUUCACCCAUUCGUGCCACUGGAGCAAGCCAAGGGCUACCAACGGCUGUUCGAGGAGCUCGAGCACGACUUGUGCGAGAUCACCGGCUACGACAAGGUGUCCCUGCAGCCAAACAGCGGUGCGCAGGGCGAGUACGCCGGCCUGAGGGCGAUCUCCUCGUACUUCGCCUCCAAAGGGGAGAAGCAGAGGAAGGUGUGCCUGAUCCCGAUGUCUGCGCACGGCACUAAUCCUGCGAGCGCGCACAUGGCCGGCAUGGCAGUCGAACCGGUGAACAUCAAGAAGGACGGCAGCGUUGACGUCGCCCACCUCAAGGCCAAGCUCGACCAACACGGUGACAAGGUUGCCUGCAUCAUGAUCACCUACCCUUCCACCAACGGUAUCUACGAGGAGACCAUCUGCGAGGUGUGCGACCUGGUGCACGCGACCGGCGCCCAGGUUUACCUGGACGGCGCCAACAUGAACGCCCAGGUGGGCAUCUGCCGACCGGGAGACUACGGCUCGGACGUGUCCCACCUGAACCUGCACAAGACGUUCUGCAUUCCUCACGGCGGAGGGGGACCCGGCAUGGGACCCAUCGGAGUGAAGGCCCACCUGGCACCAUUCCUGCCCUCUCAUCCCGUCGUCGACCCGUGGUCUCUGGGCGGAGGUGGCCAGAGCUCGUUCGGCGCCGUGUGUGCCGCCCCGUGGGGAUCGUCGGCCAUCCUGCCCAUCUCGUGGGCCUACAUCAAGAUGAUGGGCUCCCAGGGACUGAGGAAGGCCACCGAGGUGGCCAUGCUCAACGCCAACUACAUGCGAAAGCGGCUUGAGCAGCACUACAAGGUGCUGUACAUCGGAAACAACGGGUUUGUCGCGCACGAGUUCAUCCUGGACAUGCGGGAUUUCAAGAAGACCACCGGCGUCGAAGCCAUGGACAUUGCCAAAAGGCUACAGGACUACGGUUUCCACGCUCCGACGGUGUCGUUUCCAGUGAGUGGCUGUCUGAUGGUGGAACCGACCGAAUCCGAAGACAAACAGGAGCUCGACCGCUUCUGCGACGCCAUGAUCUCAAUUCGGCAAGAAAUCCAGGACAUCGAGAAUGGCAAGUUUAACGUGAAGGCCAACCCUCUGAAGAAUGCGCCACAUCCCCAGAAGGUUGUCAUCAGCUCUACGUGGGACCUGCCGUACACCAGGGAGCAGGCGGCAUUCCCAGCGAAGUUCGUGACGCCCGAGACGAAAAUAUGGCCGACGGUGGGGCGCAUCGACGACAUCUACGGGGACACCAACCUGAUGUGCAGCUGCCCGCCCAUGGAGACGUACGAGUCGCUAUAAGUCCAAUGCCAGACAAGUUCGCGUACUUCUCGCCUUCUUCGCUGCGCUUCUGGUGCGUAGAGACGUCACACGCGACGUCAUCAUGUGUGACGUCAACAUGCGUCACCGAAAUACGUUUUUUCAACGUCUGGUGUGAACCAUGUGGACCGCAAGGCCGUGGGCCCGCCCCCACAAUGAGCGUGGGCGGGCCCACGCGACAUCUCUCUGCAGUGCGCUGUGCCCACACAGGAAGUUCUUCGAACAUUUCAAUGUUGCGUGUAUCGAACAAAGAGGUUGACUAUACCUGACCACCACGGUGUGUUUGCGCGCAGGGACUCUGAGGAGACUGACAUUCAGUUGUCGUUAACUUUUUUGUUUUCACCCAGUGGCCUUUCUGUGUCUCUCUCUCUCUCUAUCUCUCUUUCUUGUUUUUUAGUGCAGAAGGUGCAACCGCGCACCUUCGCCUUUCUGUGUGCUGGCUCUGCGCGAAAGACUGUACUGUUGUUCUGAACGUUGUAAUU